AUGGGCCAGCAACCAUCUGCGCCCAAGAUUACCGCCCAGGACAAGGCCAUCUUUCAGCUCAAGCAGCAGCGCGACAAGCUCAAGCAGUACCAGAAACGGCUCAGUCUGGUCAUAGACAGACAAUCGCAGCUCGCCAGAGACGCCAUCAGAAACAAGCAGCCAGAACGAGCCAAGUUCUAUCUCAAGGCCAAGAAGCAGCAGCAGGCCACCAUCAGCAAGACAUAUGGCCAGCUCGACAACUUGGAGGGCUUGAUCGGCACCAUCGAGUUCAAGUUGAUCGAAAAAGACGUGAUCUAUGGCUUACAGCAAGGUAACGAGGUGUUGAAGUUAUUGAACUCCAAGAUGAGUGUGGACAAGAUCGACAAGGUGCUUGACGACUUGGAGGACGAGCGCUUACGCGUCGACGAGGUCAGCGAUGCCCUUGGCAUGGGCUCUGGCUUGACCACGGGCGAGGAGAACGAGGUGGACGAGGAGUUCGAGAGAUUACAGCGAGAACUCGAUCCUCAGGCAGCUUCCAAGGAGCACUCACAAGACAAGACCAAGGAUCCAGUGUUACCAGAGGUGCCCAAAGACCAAAUCUUGCCGGAAGUGCCAAAGAAAACACCCCAGCAACUCGAGCCCGAGAGGAAGGCGUACGAGCCAUUGGCAGAAUAG